AUGAGAAUGAAGCAGUUCCUGACGAUCAGUUCCGGUCUCCUGACCGUUGUCUGCGGCCAUCUGAACGACAACCCCGCUCAGAUCGUAAUUGCUGGAGGUGCAAUAAUACCUGAAACAACGGAUCCUAUCGAGUCAUGGCUGAAUAUGGAGAUUCCGUACGCUUUUGAUGGCGUGUUGAACAACAUUGGUCCGGAUGGUGCCAAGGCGACCGGCGCCGGCUCAGGCAUUGUCAUCGCCAGCCCUAGUCAUAGUAAUCCCGAUUAUUACUACACCUGGACUCGAGAUGCUGCCCUUACCAUCAAAUACUUGGUUGAGUCUCUCGCCUCUGACGACGAUCCCGGGCUUCGGAGAAUCAUCGAGCGAUACAUAACGUCGCAGGCGCAUUUACAAACCAUUUCAAAUCCCUCUGGGAGUCUUUCAAGUGGGGGUCUGGGGGAACCCAAAUUGAGGGCCGACGGAUCUGCAUUCCAUGGUCCUUGGGGUCGUCCUCAAAGAGAUGGACCCGCGUUGAGAGCAACAGCGUUGAUUGCCUAUGCCAAUUUGCUGAUUGAUCACGGGAAGUCUUCAACAGCAUACUCGACCGUAUGGCCAAUCAUUCAAAACGAUCUCUCUUAUGUUACGGAGUUUUGGAACGCAACAACCUUCGACCUUUGGGAGGAGGUUCGUGGCUCUUCUUUCUUCACUACUGCGGUGCAGUAUCAGGCGCUUGUUCAGGGUGCGUCUCUCGCCCAGAAACUGGGAGAUUCGUGCCCACACUGUCAAACCCAGGCGCCUCAGAUCCUUUGCUUCCUUCAAACCUUCUGGACUGGGUCAUCUAUCUUGGCCAAUUUUGGCAGUGAUCGCUCAGGGAAAGACGCCAAUUCCCUGCUAGGCACCAUCCACACAUUUGACCCCAAUGCAGGCUGCGACGAGCACACCUUCCAGCCAUGCUCUAGUCGCGCACUGGCAAACCAUAAGGUGGUCGUUGACUCCUUUCGCUCGCUAUAUCCAAUCAACUCGGACAUCUCGCCGGGCCAGGCUGUGGCCAUAGGUCGGUAUCCGGAGGAUGUCUACCAAGGCGGACAUCCGUGGUAUCUAUGCACGUUGGCUGCGGCAGAACAGCUCUAUGAUGCACUCUACCAGUGGGAGCUGAUGGGGAACCUCUCCAUCAGCGACAUGAGUCUUGUGUUUUUCCGCGACCUGUACCCAUCCACGGCGACAGGAACGUACUCCAGAGGCACAGACACAUUCGCAGCCGUAACUGCCGCUGUCAAGGUCUAUGCAGACGGGUUCCUACGCAUCAUACAAAAAUACACCCCAUCUACCGGCGCCCUCGCAGAGCAAUUCUCUCGCUCCGACGGCUCGCCUCUCUCCGCACUCGAUCUCACAUGGUCCUAUGCCGCCCUUCUCACAGCCCAUAGAGCCAGAGAGCGAGCUCUAGUGUUAAAUCCUACUACCACCUCACCACCUCGCUCCCCUUCCUCUACAAUCCCUCCCCCGCUGCCCCGAACUUGCACCCCAUCCUCCGCAAAAGGACCAUACGUCCCCGUUACGAACGUCACAUGGCCCCGUCCCACGUGCCUGACCCCCCCGCGCACCGUCGCUGUCCGAUUCAAUGUCCUCGCAUCCACGGUAUUCGGCGAGGAUAUCCUUCUCGUCGGCUCGAUUCCCGAGCUGGGCGAGUGGGAUGUCCGGAACCAAGGGCUAAAGCUGAAUGCGAAUGCGUAUUCGGGCGUAACGCCGCUGUGGUAUCGGACUGUGAUGCUGCAGUCUGGUGUAGAUUUUGAGUUUAAAUUUGUCCGUGUGAAUAGGGAUGGAGAGGUGAGAUGGGAGGAGGGGUUGAAUAGGGAGAGUGUGGUUCCGAGAGAAUGUGGUGUGGUUAAUGCAACGAUUAAUGCAGUUUGGAGGUCAUGA